AUGAUAAAUAUAGAAGAGAAAUUGAGAGAAACCAUUAAUAUGUCAAUGGAUGAGAUUAGUAGAUAUUUUAACUUGCCAAUGUUUAAGUCAUUUACACUUAUAAAUAUGGUACUGGAUAUAUACAGACAGGAAUAUGUAUUACAUGAUAAAUAUCAUGCAUUUAAGAAUUUGAAAUAUACGACAUUUCGGGUUAUAUUGUCUCAGUACAUAGAAAAAAUUCAAAUAUGCGAUAUAGAGGUAAUUAUAGGAGAAGUCAACAGAGCAAUUAGAACCACUGAGGCAAUUUUAGAUGCACUUGAGGCUGUAGCUAAUGAAUUGCCAUGUAUAAAUAGCAAAGAGGCUUUUUAUAAUUUAAUGGGCAAUAAUCAUUUGUUUAUGCUGUCAAAGUAUGAAACAGUUUUGGCUUAUAUUAUAGAUGACUUAAUUAAUGCACUUAAAUCACAUAAUCCACCAGUACCAGCAAAACUGAAUAUUUCUGAUGCGGAUGCCAAAUUAUUUGCACAUGCUAAAGAUAAGAAAAUCACUCGAAUUGAAAGAGUCAUAGAAAUACUAACACAGCACGGAGGAGGUCUUUCAUACAGAAUUAAUUAUAAUGAAAUUGUUUCAAAUUUAGAUAAGUUAGAUAUCUCACCUGAUGAUAUUUACUCACUCCAGUUGUUUUUAAGUGCAAAGCAUAAAAACCGAUUUAAAGUAAUCCGUGACAUGCAAGAGUCUGUCUUUGUUAAAGAUGAAAAGAAAAGUAUCACGCACUCUUCAUUUUCUCAAAUAUUCACUGGAUUCUUUUUUUUCCUUUUAGAUUACUCUCCUGUCUUUGAUGAAUUCUACCCUUACAGAAAUACAAUUGAAGAGUGGCUGGUUAAUCUUAAGAGAUGUAGUAAGAAUAUUUCUAAAGAAUACAUGAAACAACAUAUCUUAGACCUUAGUGAUCUAAGUGAUGACAAUAUUCUGAUAUUGUUAAAUAACGUAAUGCCUGAAUAUAUAAAACCUAUUCAAGCAGAUUUGAAUACUAUUCAAAUUACUAAUAUUAAGACCUCAAUUGCUAAAGAUAAAUGUCUUAAUAGAUCCUAUAUACUAAACCGACCCAAUAUAUUUUUAUUAUGGAAACCAAAUAAAAAUAUACUAAGCCCGAAAUUAAAAAAAGUUAAAGAUGAUGUAGUUAGUACGGUUGUAAAAACAAUCAAAAGUGUUAAGCUUUGGGCAUUCUUAAUUGCAGUAGCACUUUCUAGUUUUUUGGUCUGGGGAAUAUCCUAUUAUCAAGAAGACUUUAAUCGGCUAAUUCUUAAAAUAUCCAAUAAUAUUAGUAUUAUGUCUGAAGAUAAAACUGACCCAUUGGUUUUAUACCCUCGAUUCAUAUUGCAGAGAUUCAAAUAUCUUCUUAAAUUAUAGAAGCCCUAAAAUUAUCUAUAAAAUUAAGUUAUAUUCUGCUAUACAUAUUGUUUUUUAUACUUAAUAACCCGAAUAACCCGAAUUUACAUAAAUACCCAGAAACUUCCUAGAAUUCACGUCUAUUAAAGU